AUGCAAAACGCAAACUCCGAGUGCAGCAUGCCGGCGGGCAAGCCAGGGACAGAUGUUAACCUCCGGCCUACAGAGCUAGGGAAGUCUCAGGCAGGAGACGAGUCUGAGGUCACCACAGCGUCGGACCAGGUGUGUGAAGACGAUGUCACCAUCCAGCCCGGUCCUGCACCCUUGCAAGAUGGAGUUCGCCAAGCACUGGUAGGUACCCUGACAAGCCUUCAGCCCCUACGAGCGGAUCUGGUGCGGGGAACGCCUGCGUAUGUGCCACUGCGGAGAGGCGGGCGCAUUCUCCGAGGCUUCGGUGUGGAGGACAAGGACAGGCUGCAUACCUUCAGCUUCCCCACUGAGAAGAUUGCGCAGUUCUGGAGCCACAGCUGGCAUGGGGCAACGCUGUCAAAGGUGCUAAUGCUUCUUGUCCUGACCAAUGGCAUUCCAAGCAUCUGCAUGGGCACCCUUGGGGGCAUUCUGGUUGUCCUGCUCUGGUGGACCGUUGGCCCAUUGCAGGAUCCAGUAGACCCUUUGGAGCUCAUGCUUUGCACCACUCUCUUCUCAGUCUUUUGCUGCGGAGUGACCUUCUUCUUCUGGCGCCCGCGUCACACGGUGUUCUUGGAUCAGAUCUGCAUCCACCAAGCAGACGUGGCCAGAAAAACCGCGGGGUUGAUCAGCAUGCCUGCGAUUCUCAAGACCUGCGACUCCAUUGUCGUUUGUUGGGAUUCAAGCUACAUGCAAAGGGCAUGGUGUGUUUUCGAGAUGGCUGCCUUCAUUAAAGCGCAUGGAGGCGAUGCAAAGCUGCUGAUUCGACCUUCCUUCCAGGGACCCUGCAGCGUUGCAUGCCAUGCAGGGGUGGCAAGUGUUCUUAUGGUAAACCUCGCUACGUUCUACUUUGCGAACACCUUGGACAUCUCCACAAACUCCCUGCUGCGAUUGGGACUCAUACUGCUGGCGAUAACUAGCUUCAUGUUUGCAGCGGUGACCUCCUUUCGCAGGUACUACCUGUCAGUUCAAGAGAUGCAGCUUCAAUUGAGAAAUUUCGCCAUUGAGGAUACUUUGACGCAUUGCUGCACCCAAGAUCACAAGGAUGCAUCUGGAAAUCCGAUUCCGAUCUGCGACAAGCAAAUAAUCAUCGACUGCAUCGUCAGUUGGUUCGGCUCGACGGACGCCUUCAAUCAAAGGGUUCGGGAGAGAAUGGAGGUUGCCCUGGUGCCGCAGUUGGGCCACUUCUCCUUCUCGUACUCUUGGAUGGUGGCUUGCUCCAUUCCAGUUUUGUGGGCUUAUAUGCCUAAAGUCUUCUAUGCUGCAUUCACCGGAGACUGGACUUUUGCCGCGGACCAGGUCUUCUUUAUCGUAGCUUGGUGGCUAGGGGCCUUUCCCAUUCUGAAUAUGUGCGUCCUUUCGCUCUCGAAUGUGCUUCGUAGAAAGUGCUCGCGGUGCGUCAGCUUCUUCGUCAACUUGCUGGCUUCGGGGGUUGUCUUGCCCGUCUACAUCGGGAUAGAGAUUUGGAUUGGCUUCUUGUCUUCCAUGUUCUCCUUCCCUGUCGGUCAAGCCUUGUAUGCCGGCUCUUUGGUAGCGGUCGCGCUGCUUCUAAGUGUUUUAAUGUCAUGCUGCCAGACUUCUGCGAAAAAUCAGACCCAAGGUCUGUAA